AUGUGCAAUAAAAGGUAUAUCAUCAGAGGUUACAUUGCCAAGUAGUGGAUGGCUUUAGACUGGGUAAGGUUGAAGCAUUUUGGCAUUGGUAGCGAGAGUGUCGCACUGUCAUCCAUCCUAUUGCCAGAUAGUGACGACCCUGUCAGCAGUGGUCUAUGUUUUGACCCAUCCUAUUGCCAGAUAGUGAUGACCCUGUCAGCAGUGGUCUAUGUUUUGACCCAUCCUAUUGCCAGAUAAUGAUGACCCUGUCAGCAGUGGUCUAUGUUUUGACCCAUCCUAUGACUCACCUACUGCCGUUGAGCAAGGCACUUAACCCCAAACCUGCUCCAGGGGCGCUGCUCUGUGGCUGACCCUGUGCUGCUCACAGACGGUCGUGUGUUUGUACAGUAUGAGGGUACUGUAAUAGCAAAAUGAACAAUUUCCGUUGUCUCUGUAUCACCGAUCAAUAAAGAUGUUUUGAAUUGUUUAUGUCUCUCCCUCUUCCCUCCCUCUCCCAGGUUGACGCGGGCCGACCGCCAGCUGCUGUGGGAUCAGCGGCACCACUGCCGGACCCACACCCACAGCCUGCCCAAGGUGCUGGCCAGCGCCCCCAGCUGGGACUGGGGCAGCAUGGCUGAGAUCCACUCCCUACUCCACCACUGGCCCUCGCUCCAACCCGUCUGUGCCCUGGAGCUGCUUGACUCUAAGUAUGUGUGGCGUGUACACACAGACAGACAGACAGACAGACAGACAGACAGACACACACACACACAGACGUUCUCUUGAACACUUGAUACACUUGUGUUUGAGACUUUGAGAGAAGGUGUUUGAGAGAAGGUGUUUGAGAGAACUCCUCGAGUUUGAGUAUGUGAAACUAGUUUGGUUCAUAGUCAAUAGAAAAAAGUUAGAUUUGUAAAAUGGGAGGUGCGAGUUGAUAUCACAGGAGUCUUAUAUUUUUCUCUGUGUGUUUACUUGCUUGUGGUUAGCGUGACAGCUUGAGAUCUAAGAGAAUGUAACCUAUACUAAUUCAAUCACCUGUGUUUGACUGUAGUUCAAUAAAUAGUAGACAGUCAGAUUGUACUUUUCUGUAAGGUAUGUAGGUUGAAGGUCACUCUGUCUCUCUUUGUCUCUGUCCUGCAGGUUUGCUGACACAGAGGUGAGGAGUGUGGCUGUCAGCUGGAUCGAAUCCACCAGUGAUGACGAGUUGGCAGACUACCUGCCUCAGCUAGUGCAGGUAAACAGUCUAGUGUAUACACACACACACAUACACAGGUAAUCAGUUUGUUAGUGACUCUGAAUGCUUUUCUCACCCCAUCUCCUUGUCCCAUGUCCUUGUGGCUCUCUCAGGCCCUGAAGUUUGAGUGUCACCUAAAGAAUGCCUUGGUGAUAUUCCUACUGUCCAGAGCACAGGGCAACGUCAGCAUCGCCCACUACCUGUACUGGUGAGUCUCCACCCACUGAACUAGUAGCAUAGUAUAUAGCCCUCAAACUCAACUCUGGACCUCGAAGCUAGUUCCACUACUUUUUUUAAUUGUUCCCCUCUAAUCAGGGACUUAUUUAGACCUGAGACACCAGGUGGAUGCAAUUUUUUAUCAGGUAAAACAGAAAACCAGCAGGCUCCGGACCUCGUAGGGUAAGAGUUGAGUAUACAGUAUAGUAUAUAGCAUAGCAUAUAGUGUAUAUAGCAUAGCAAAUAGUAUAAUAUUUAGCAUAGUAUAGUGCAUAGCAUAGUAUAGUAUAUAGCAUAGCAUAGCUUGUAUAUAGAUAUACAUGGCUUCUGCUAAGUGGUCUGAACCUUUAUGGAACAGGAGGUAGUGUGCUUGUCCCGGACGCCCAAAACAGAGAAUUUUAAGUCGGUAUCUAGGCUGGGAAACUUAAUCGUAGGACUACAUGUAGUAAGAAUAGGAAAGUAAUUUGCAGUUUAAAUAUUGUCGCCAAAAAUACACAGUAAUCUAUACGGAGCUAUUAGCAGCAUCGACUGCUUUGUCCGAUCCCGUUGUACUCUGAUCCUCUCUCCCUACCAGGCUACUGAGAGAUGCAGUGCAGGACCCAGCGUUUGGCCGGAGGUAUGACCAGGUGCUGGGGGCCCUGCUGUGUCUGUGUGGGGCCGGCCUCCGGGAUGAGCUGGACAAACAGACCCGCCUGGUCACUCUGCUGGGGGCGCUGGCCGAGAAGGUCCGGCAGGCCGGGGGCUCCACACGACAGGUGAUGGGGCUUGGAGACACACACACACCCACACACACUACUAGAAUGUCCAACCUAUACCUCAGGGAGCCUCUAUAAAGGCUUGAUAACACUUUGUUUUACAGUCUGCUGUUAAUCCUGUAUUUACUUAUGGUAGGGAUGUCUUCUUAACCCAAUGAGUCUCGCCGGCGUGAUUUAGGACUUCGUACCCCUUUUAAACUGCUUUGAUUUAUCUUGGCCAGGUCGCAGUUGUAAAUGAGAACUUGUUCUCAACUGGAUUACCUGGUUAAAUAAAGGUAAAAGAAAAUACAUUGUGAGUUUGAGCUACAGACUUAUUCUAUUUCUUCGGCAUCUGUUGGUACCAACCAACCGUCAGUGUGAUUAACCGGGGCUGAGCUAGAGCGGUGUUUGUGAAACAUGGGCGGAUCUCAAAGGGGGCCGGGUCUUUUUUUACAAAAACAUCUGUAUAGUCAGAAUGGUUUGAAUUACAAACUAUUAAAAGCUAUCUAUGAAAAGCUCACACUCUACCGAACAUGCACGUGCAACAUGUUUUGUUCUAUGACGCUCACAAGCUACACAAGGUUUGUUAGAAGGUAAGGGGUUCUUCUACAUAGAAGACCAAAGGAAAACCCUGUACAUAGUGUCUGUAAUACUUUAAUAAGCUCACAUAGUUUCUGUCACAAACUCCAAACUCCACAGAGUUGUCACUGACUAGUUGGAUACUCAUUUCCCACUGAGCAAAGUAUUUCUGUACUUAAUGCAUUUAUAUAAAUUCAUUUAUCUGUUUUUUUGCUUUGGCAAUAAAACUCAUGAAUUCAACUGUUUAUGUCAAAUAGGGUUGUGUUCUACUUGGAACCCUGGUUGUCUUGAAAAGAAAAUGGUACAAUACUUCCUUGUGAGGCUAAAUAUAAGGGCUGGACAUGCAGAUAAAUGAAAGUCAGAUAAAUGAAAAGCCGAUUUUUGCUGGGGUCUCAGGACUGAUGCGGUUAAACCACUUUUCUUUCAUUUGGUACCAGUUAUUUACCAAUUGUGUUUAAGUUAAACAUUUUACCUUGUAACUCCGUUGGAAAUACCAGCUAAACUAUGAAAUAAAGCGUUCUCAAACCUUAAUUGCUUGACACUAAUUAAACUAUUUGCUUGUGUGUGUGUGUGUGUCCAGAUGGUGCUCCAGGAGGGUCUGGAGAGGGUGCAGUCGUUCUUCCAGAGGAACAGCUGCAGACUGCCCCUCAGCCCCAGCCUGGAGGCCAAACAACUCAAUAUCAAGGUAAGUCCAUUGUCUCUGCAAAUGCCCAUUUGAUCAUCAAAAUCAUUUUUACCAUCUCAACAACAUAUGGGCCAUGACCCAUACCAGGGUUUCCGUUAGCCGGUAAAUGCCGGGUUUUGGCUGAUAAAUAAAUAAAUCAAUCAAUUAAAAUAUAUAUAUAUACACACACAGUGAGGGAAAAAAAGUAUUUGAUCCCCUGCUGAUUUUGUACGUUUGCCCACUGACAAAGAAAUGAUCAGUCUAUAAUUUUAAUGGUAGGUUUAUUUGAACAGUCAGAGACAGAAUAACAACAAAAAAAUCCAGAAAAACGCAUGUCAAAAAUGUUAUGAAUUGAUUUGCAUUUUAAUGAGGGAAAUAAGUAUUUGACCCCCUCUCAAUCAGAAAGAUUUCUGGCUCCCAGGUGUCUUUUAUACAGGUAACGAGCUGAGAUUAGGAGCACACUCUUAAAGGGAGUGCUCCUAAUCUCAGCUUGUUACCUGUAUAAAAGACACCUGUCCACAGAAGCAAUCAAUCAAUCAGAUUACAAACUCUCCACCAUGGCCAAGACCAAAGAGCUCUCCAGGGAUGUCAGGGACAAGAUUGUAGACCUACACAAGGCUGGAAUGGGCUACAAGACCAUCGCCAAGCAGCUUGGUGAGAAGGUGACAACAGUUGGUGCGAUUAUUCGCAAAUGGAAGAAACACAAAAUAACUGUCAAUCUCCCUCGGCCUGGGGCUCCAUGCAAGAUCUCACCUCGUGGAGUUGCACUGAUCAUGAGAACGGUGAGGAAUCAGCCCAGAACUACACGGGAGGAUCUUGUCAAUGAUCUCAAGGCAGCUGGGACCAUAGUCACCAAGAAAACAAUUGGUAACACACUAUGCCGUGAAGGACUGAAAUCCUGCAGCGCCCGCAAGGUCCCCCUGCUGAAGAAAGCACAUAUACAGGCCCGUCUGAAGUUUGCCAAUGAACAUCUGAAUGAUUCAGAGGAGAACUGGGUGAAAGUGUUGUGGUCAGAUGAGACCAAAAUCGAGCUCUUUGGCAUCAACUCAACUCGCCGUGUUUGAAGGAGGAGGAAUGCUGCCUAUGACCCCAAGAACACCAUCCCCACCGUCAAACAUGGAGGUGGAAACAUUAUGCUUUGGGGGUGUUUUUCUGCUAAGGGGACAGGACAACUUCACCGCAUCAAAGGGACGAUGGACGGGGCCAUGUACCGUCAAAUCUUGGGUGAGAACCUCCUUCCCUCAGCCAGGGCAUUGAAAAUGGGUCGUGGAUGGGUAUUCCAGCAUGACAAUGACCCAAAACACAUGGCCAAGGCAACAAAGGAGUGGCUCAAGAAGAAGCACAUUAAGGUCCUGGAGUGGCCUAGCCAGUCUCCAGACCUUAAUCCCAUAGAAAAUCUGUGGAGGGAGCUGAAGGUUCGAGUUGCCAAACGUCAGCCUCGAAACCUUAAUGACUUGGAGAAGACCUGCAAAGAGGAGUGGGACAAAAUCCCUCCUGAGAUGUGUGCAAACCUGGUGGCCAACUACAAGAAACGUCUUACCUCUGUGAUUGCCAACAAUGGUUUUGCCACCAAGUACUAAGUCAUGUUUUGCAGAGGGGUCAAAUACUUAUUUCCAUCAUUAAAAUGCAAAUCAAUUCAUAACAUUUUUGACAUGCGUUUUUCUAGAUUUUUUUGUUGCUAUUCUGUCUCUCAAUGUUCAAAUAAACCUACCAUUAAAAUUAUAGACUGAUCAUGUCUUUGUCAGUGGGCAAACGUACAAAAUCAGCAGGGGAUCAAAUACUUUUUUCCCCUCACUGUGUGUAUAUAUAUAUAUAUAUAUAUAUAUAUAUAUAUAUAUAUAUAUAUAUAUAUAUAUAUAUAUAUAUAUAUAUAUAUAUAUAUAUAUAUAUAUAUAUAUACAGUAAUCCCUCGUUUAUCGCGGGGGUUACGUUCCGAAAAUGACCCGCGAUAAGUGAAAUCCGCGAAAUAGAAAACUUUUUUUUUUUUACAAUUAGCAACUAUUACAUGUAUACAAAUACAGUGACUCACGUGUAGGCCGUUUCGUCGACAUUAUGGGUUUAGAAGAUGUUCGAAAUUACAAGAUAAUUUGGCCAACUUAAUGUAAAUUUGCCAAGCUGUUUUAUGUACGUACACAUAACUGCACGAGACGACAAAAUGAUAGCACAAUUCGUAGCAUGUUUUGAUACAAGAAGCGGGAGUGAGUUUUUAGCGAAUCAGAAUGCAGAGCACAAUGCACCAAAAAAAAAAAAAAAAUGCAUUAUGAAAAUCCGCGAAAUAGCGAAUCCGCGAUAAGUGAACCGCGAAGUGGCGAGGGAUCACUGUAUAUGAAAAGCGGAUAAAUACAAUUGUUGCCAGCAAAAUUACCCCCCCCCCCCCCCAAAAAAACAACAACAACAACAUCCAUUGCAAUUGUGUUGAUUAUUCCAGUUUCCAGUGUGUCCGCCGAGAGGGGAUUCUUUCUCCAAAACAGAGUAAAGACAGCCUCCAGUAAUGAGGCUGAUAUGCAUCAAGCUGCUCCAAGGAGUUGGAGAGUUUUGACUUCCCAACAGCAGCGGCUCACUUUGAGCAGGCCAAUGUCCGCUGCAAUCGCAAGUAAAUGAAAGGCAAAUGAUUGUGUUCGUCAGGCCCUUUCCUAGCAGUUCUGCUGCCGCCCUAGGCAAGAUCAACAUAUGCCACCCCUGUAUAGUAUAAAGAUGUGGAAUGGAUUGAUAGACUAGGGUAAUGAUGUAUCAUGCGCAAUUUGUGCAUUUCAAUUGAGCUUAUUCAGUGGCACUUGGAAACAAAACAUUGUUGUCAACUAUUCACAGUGGAGUUAAUGUUGCAAUCACUAGGCAGCCAUCUGCCUACAGUAGGAAACAGAGUUAUCAAUAAGCCACAUAUAUCACACAUGACACGAGUCACGACCCCACGAUAGUUCAAAUGACAAUAAACAUAACAUUUAUUAACAUCAUCCAGUAGAACUGUGAAAAGAGUGAGAUAUAAUUUGAGGUUUGGAAACAAGUGCUUUCAUAAAUGCAUGGCGCGGUCCUCGUUUCACAGGAGCAUUUUAAAAUAAACUUUCUCUCAAUGAACCAGCCUUAAUUAAUUUAGUUUAUUUACAUAUAAUUUCUUCAUUUUAUGGCCACCUAGAGUGUCCUCUUUGCACUGCUGUGGGGAGGGCUGGCCCGGUCAUGGCUAGAAGGCAUCCAGCUUUUGUCAAAUUAACAUAAAAGGAGAUUAUUUUAGCUAACACUAACCAUUUUCCUAACCUUAAUCUCAGUCCCCUAACCUGCUACGUUAAUUCUCCAAACCUGCUACGUUAAUUAUCGUAACCUGCUGCAGAAGUUCUCCUAACCUGCUACGAAAAGUCAAAUCUGACGUUAAUUUGAAAAAAAGCUGGAUCCAUUCUAGCCAUGACCGGCCGGCCCUCAUGUUCGUAGACAACCAUGUUUUGUUAUUUGUUAGGCCUAAUUAAAAUGUUCAUGCCUAGGCUAAAUAAUAAUAAUAAUAAUAAUAAUAUGCCAUUUAGCAGACGCUUUUAUCCAAAGCGACUUACAGUCAUGCGUGCAUACAUUUUUGUGUAUGGGUGGUCCCGGGGUUCGAACCCACUACCCUGGCGUUACAAGCGCCGUGCUCUACCAGCUGAGCUACAGAGGACCACGUAAAUAAAUUAGAGGCUAAAUUACAAAGAGAGGCUAAAUUAAAUUAGAGUGGCCUAGAUUGUAUUUGAAAACAGCUGUGUUUUGUUAUUUAUUAAUGAAAAUGUUCAUACUAAUAGCCUAUAAGACAGGUCGUUCACAAAUGAUAUUAUACACAUAUAUUUUGAAGUUGUUUUACUACUGUGUAGGUGACUUGUUCUUCUAGGCUAAAUGCUUUUUUCUUUUUUUAAUGAUAUUCAUUUAUGAUUUAUAGCAGGGAUGAAGACACAAUGGGUAAUGUUUUGCUUAGACAAUGCUAAUUUCUCUUCUGUUAAGACUAAUUACAAUCAUGUAAAUGUGAUUUUGAGCACCGUGGAUGGACGCCCUAAUGCGUUUCGCACCCAAUGCAUAUGGAUGUCCGGUACAUUUAAGUCUUGCCGGUCAUGAGUUGUCCUGACCCAUACUGUAGUCGUCCUAGUGACUAAUGAUGUCAUCAUAACCUCCACCAUCCAAAUGCUGACUGGCACUUCAUCUACAGGUCAUUUCAGGUACCCCCACCACCUCUAUUGUAAGAGGCCAUUGACUAGAAUACAAUAUCUGGGCCUGUUGAUCUAAUGUGUGUGUGUGUGUGUGUGUGUGUGUGUGUAUGUGUGUGCGCACGUGUAUAUGUGUAUGUACAGUCGUGCUCCUUCUUCAACUCCAACGCGGUGCCCUUGAAGCUGGCCCUGGUGAACUCCGACCCUCUGGGAGAGGAGAUCAACGUCAUGUUCAAGGUGGGUGGCUGGGACACGCUGAUCCUAGAUCAGCACUCCUACUCUAAAUACAGGCCGGGAUACACACCUGGGACGUAUUUAGAGUAGGAGUGCUGAUCUAGGACCAGUUUUGCCUUGUAAAUAGCUGAUCCUAUAUUAACACUCCUAUUCUGGCCAUGCUUUGUGAAUGGGGGCUCACACAUACAAAUAGAAUAGCUAUCAGAUUAGACUACUAGAUUAUAUUUCUAUGAAGCCAGAGUCUCUGAAAGAUGCCAAGUUCCGUAGACAAGCAAUUUAUCACAAAUGUAAUACUAAGUAGUCCAUGAAAUACCUUGACAUAUUCUAGACACAUUCUCUGGAAAUACCUUGACACAUUCUCUGCAUGAUUUAUGGCACACUUAACCAUUGCUUCGGGAGUAUUUGAAGCUUGAAGGAAUGCAGGAAUACAUUCUAAAGAGUUUUCUUUGUGUUUUGAUUUGAUGCUAUAACAGCUUGAUAUCAACGCUGCAUUGUCCAUUAUCUUCCCCACAGGGAAGAGAUCGGUUACUACACUCGUUUGCAUCGUCUUUCAUGGUUGAAACUGCACCACCUGGUGGCAUAACAUAACAUAACACCAGGCCCUGACGAUAGAAUGUGCAUGGGAGUCUUUGCUUGACCAGACUUGCAGAUACACAGAUGGAAUGAAACUCCGUAAUGAGAAUAUUAGAAUAAGUCCUCUGUGGAUGGUAACUAACGUGUCUCUUGGUGUGUGUGUUUUUGUCUGCUUGUGUGUGUUUGGUGUGUGUGUGUUAGGUGGGAGAGGACCUGAGGCAGGACAUGCUGGCUCUGCAGAUGAUCCGGAUCAUGGACCGCAUCUGGCUUCAGGAGGGACUGGACCUGCGCAUCGUCAACUUCAAAUGCAUCUCCACCGGGAAAGACAACGGUACUAUACACACAGACUAGAACUCAUAUACUCAAAUCACUAACUAAAUCAUUCUGAUUUGAAUGAAACUUACUGAAACCAGUUUGUCCCCAUGACAACACAACCUCUGCUCUGAUUCUACCAUUCUGGCCAUGACAAAGCUUGCUUCAAAGUCAAUGCAACUGCACCGUCAUGGCCAUAUUUCAUAUUUCAAUGGGUGAUUGUUAGAUGAUUGCUGCUGAACUUGGUGUUCGUCAUCACAUUACAUCCGGUUUACUAAUUUAUAAUUCAGUGUGUACUCAUGCCAUGCCUGUGGUUUUGACAUAGUGUGUGUGUGUCGUGGUGCUGUAUGUUGCCAGGUAUGGUGGAGCUGGUGCCGUCCUCCGACACCCUGAGGAAAAUCCAGGCCGAGUACGGAGUGACGGGCUCCUUCAAGGACAAGCCCCUGGCGGAGUGGCUCCGCAAGUACAACCCUGCUGAGGACGAGUACGACAAGGUAACUGUCUCACCCCGAAACCUGACACUCAGACCUUUGAACCCUAACCCAGACUCCUACAGAGGAUGAGGUUGAGAAGAUGAACAACUGACAUCUACUCUUUAUUUCUUGUCUGUAUUCAAUGUGCAUAUGUUACACACUGAUUUGUCCUUGAUCAAUGCAUGAUUCAGCUGAAAGUCCCAAUUUACGUAUGCAGGUCACAUUUAGCUCAGAGUUCCGAGUUCUUUUUAGAGAUAGAACAAGAUACUGUAGGGCUUUUCACACUGAGCUGAAUGGAGCCAAGCCAAAUCAAGCUGUUCUGAGCUGCCCUGGUCACACAUCCACCAAGGUUGCUGGAACAGUGCUGAAGAGGGCAAUGUGAACAGAAAAAAUCCAAGCCAGCACAGUUUGGUUUGGGUCGGCACGAUAGUGUGAAAAGGUUCUGUGUCUCUCACUCCUCCUCUCUGCCCCUCACUAUGUGUGUCCAGGCUUCGGAGAACUUCAUCUACUCGUGCGCGGGCUGCUGCGUGGCCACCUACGUGCUGGGUAUCUGCGACCGCCACAACGACAACAUCAUGCUGCGCUCCACCGGUCACAUGUUCCACAUCGACUUUGGCAAGUUUCUGGGCCACGCCCAGAUGUUCGGCAGCUUCAAAAGGUAAGAGUGUGACCUGGGGUGGUCUAGUGGUCUAAGCUGCUUCCUCCAGAACACAUGUAACAGUGUUAGCAUGGGUUCAAAUCUGACCCACUAAUCUUCUAGCACACUCCCUCCCUCACUCCCUCCCUCAUUACUCCCUCCCUCACUCUCUCCCCAAACGUUUACUGUUUCUCGCUAACCUAUUCCCACUGCUUAUUAAAAGUAAAUUCUGUGCUUAGUUCAAGUACUAGAAGUAAAGGUUUAUUGACAACAGGAACGUGCGCUCUGAGAACCAUUUGCACUCAAGAUGGGGCCUGAGUGUCUACUGCUUUUGUUCUUUCUCUGAUUUAGACCUGGGAAACCAGAAUGUACCAGGCAAAACAGAAAGUAGGUUGCAUGUUGUUUUCAGGUGUCCAUACAAAAUGACAUGUAGCUUGGUUCAAGAUGGACUCCGCAGUAGGGGGAAACGGCGCCACUGUCCGCCCCACCGCCGUUGUUAUUGUUUUUUGUUUUGUUGAGGAAGCGGAGGUGAGGAGCGUCGCGCAGCGUGGUAAAAACAAAUGUGCAGUAGAUAUUCUGCUGUUCUAUUGCACGUGAUGUCUGAGGGAAGAAAAAAACGGUAUUCGUUGGUUGUAGUAACUUUGUUGUUGUAAUAUUGCAAACAGACGUGGCAGUUUCACCAUUUAAGGAUUCCAGCUUUAUACCAGAACACUCACUAUUUAACCAGGUUACAUGUUUCCCAUGUUUUAUUGAGCCUUUCUCUUCCUGUCGCUCCCCUUCUGCCAGGGACCGUGCUCCAUUUGUGCUUACCUCUGACAUGGCCUACGUGAUCAACGGGGGAGAGAGGCCCACCAGUCGCUUCCAGCUGUUUGUGGACCUGUGCUCCCAGGCCUACAACCUCAUCCGCAAACACUCAGGCCUCUUCCUCAACCUGCUCUCCCUGGUAAUAACUAACACUCUGCUGUCAAGUUCAAGUUCUAGCCUGGUCCCAGAUCAGCGUGUGCUGUAUAGCGGACUCCUAUGGUUGUUGUCAUGCCAAACAUUUAACAUGACAACGACCAUAGGAGACAGAUGGUGCACAAGGAGACUGCUUCAUGAAAUAAGUGUUUUUAAAAGUGUGAUGCCAGCCUAGUAAAUAACUUGUAAUGGUUACUUUGGUGUUGCCUGGGUACUGUUUUUUUGUUAGUACUUGGUGAUGGCCCUCUUCUUGGUCUAAGGAAUUUUUUGAGUGUACCUUUGUGAUUCAAAUGCUCUACUCUAGCCUCAUAAAUCAAACCUUGCUGGCUACGGUAUAUUACCUUCCUCAAGUCAUUGGUUCUUAGUCUUUUGUUACUAAAUCAUUUCGUUGUACAUUGUAAUAAUGUAUUGCAAUUGCAAUUAUAAAGCCCUUUUAACUAGGUCUCAAAGCAAAACAAAUUCACACGUAUGCGUGCGUGUGAUUGACAGAUGACGUUGUCAGGCCUACCAGAGCUGACAGGAACUCAGGACCUAAAGUAUGUAUACGACGCUCUGCAGCCCCAGACCACCGAUGCAGAGGCCACCAUCUUCUUCACCAGGUACAUAUAUACAUAUAUUAAAGGUCAACUUCCCCUUAUGAACCAACUUAUCUGGUUUUAAACAUCGAUAUGAGUCAGAAACGGGUUGGGAACCAGUUCAAGGAACCGAACCAAAAACCGUAAAAUAACAGAAUAUUUUGAGGAACAGAAUCAAAACCGGGAACGAAUGUGAUCUAUACUGUUCCGGAACAGAACAAUUAUUUUAAAAGCAUGGGAACCGGUUAAUAAUGUUAUUUUACGUUCCGGGCAUUUUUUACAGUCACACAAAAAAACGCAACAAAGCGCCUAUGCAAGGCCCUCACUCUGUCACUCAGAAACGUAUCCCAGUGUCUGCCUGCCAGCUGGAACAUCUUUCCCACUGUGUGUACUUGUGUAAGCUUUCCUGCCCCCUCCCCGGCCGAAGCAUAGUCUACUAGCUUAUUACUGACGUUACAAGUGUGAUUAAGAAAUUGGGGAGAUUUUUAUGAGAGAAUAAUGGAUUCACUUUUUCAACGUUAGUUAAGGAUAUUAUAGUUAUCACGUUUCACAUUGGAUUUAUUAACUACAAAAAGGUAAGACGUGUUUUUUUUUUAUUCUGGUGCCGCUCUACAGACAUGCUUGCUAACUAACGGUAGCUAGCACAAUUUUGUACAUCGCGCUGUUCCGUACAUUUGACCUUAUUUUAGUGCCCCCAAAAACGUAAUACUUCCAGGUCAACUGUAAUAUGAAUAUCAUUGUAAAGCACAAUUUCUUCCCUUUCCAGCAAAAUCAAUGACGAGACCGUCAUGCUGCCCGUCUCUGCAUGAUUGAAGAAAGCAAUGGAGCUCCGCCGGGUCUUAAUAAAAAUAGCGGUUGGGGAAGCGAAAGCGUCAUAAUGAAAGGGGGAGAUAUAUAGUGUGGGGAACCGGCUUUUUUCACCCGAUUUGUCCAACUUAUCACCUCUAAAAUGUAAAUAAAACACUAUAAAGAGUUUAUAUAAUGUCUCAUUACAUACCUAUUUGAAGUAUUGUGUCGAAUUUGAAUAGGAUUUUUAGGGCGGUGCUAAAUUUUUUCAAUUAAACUGUGGGUGUCACGGUUUUUGAGAGUCAUGAUGGCUCGCAGUGAUUACGUGAAAAAUUUACAAUUGAUUGAAUUAACUAUUGAUGAACUCACGAGUAAUUAACUUUACACUCACCAUUACACUCACCAUUGAUCAUUUCUUGUUUUUAAUCUGCGAGAGAAGCGCUACACCUAGUGUAAAGAGGCUGUACGGCACAGAAUGAGUUGAAUAAUGCGUGCGGUACAUUACGUCGUGACAUGUCACACUUUAACGUACAGUGUCAGCGGGGUCAAUUUUUUCAACUUUUCUCCAAUACUAUUGGUCCAUUACCAUGUCAAUCAACACUGAAUCGAAACUUAGUUCACACCCCAGAUUUUGACGGCAACACAGUCGCUACAGUCCCAUUAGUUUUCAUUGCAGCCUCGUUUGAAUGCUGCGGUUGCCCACAUAUGGACGGAACGGGGUUAGCUACUGUUAGCUAGUUUUGGUCCAACGUUAAGCCAACUCUGAAGUGUCAAAAUUGACUACAAAGUGUUAAUUAUCGUCAUAAAAUAUUUCGCACAAAACUGAUUUUUGUGAGUUCGUCACGAGUUACUGGAGGUUUGGGUAUGGAUUACGAUCGUGCCCACUUGCCCAGUAACACAAGAGAAGCAGUUGUGUGGUUGCGCUCUAUCAGCUGCAUGCGCUCUAUCCAAUCAUAGCAGCCAGAACCUCCAGACCGUGAGACAGACCUGCCCAUUACGCAGCCCCUCAGACUUGUUUACAGAAGACAACACGUCGCCAUUGUUAUGUUGAAAUAACCCUUGGCCCUAAGCCUUUAUCUAGUGUCAAUCCAAUCACUCAAGUCAAUCACUUGAGAAUUGAAACAAUCAGAGCGCACUUGUAUCCUAACUGCAACUUGUCAAUAUUCCAAAACCCAUUUGUGACUUGUUUCUACUGCGACCUGUUAUGAAACACUGCCAGACAGACGCAUACUCUGUUAUUAAUAGAUAGUGAGAAAGUUGUGAAAAACUAAAUGGCACCGAAGCACACGUCGCCACUCGCCAGUGACUUGAUAAACUGAUUGUGGCCUGGCUGCUCAAUGUGCCUGCUAGCUACUACUUGCUAGCGUCAUUGACAAACACAGAGUUGGAACUUAGCUUGCCAGCUAGUGAUUUUGGGCACUGAUAAACAGUGUGUAGCUUGUGCUUUAUUUACGAUAGUUUGACAGCUGAUGAGGAAGUUGUAGACAUGAUAUUGUUCUCAGAAAUCAGUCCUGAGCACGCAGCCAGAUAGACUAUAUGCAGUGCGCUGACUAGUUUUUCCUGCAAAUGUUUUCACUUGAGAAAUACUGCACCAAAAUCCUUAGCUAGAUGUAAAAUUGCGUGACUAAGACCUCCUCUGCAAAAACCUCUAAAUUAAUUACAGAUUUCUUGAUUUAGCCUAGAUUAAUUUUAUUAAGUGACUCUUUUCAGAAAGUUCCUAUGUCGUUUCUACGGUGACAUACGGUUGCUUAUUCCCUCCUGAUUUCGGGAAUCCUCCAACCAGGAUCUCGGGAAAACCAGCAAAUUUAUUGAAAGUACCCGGAAUUUUGCAACACUCAGGAGGGACAAACAACAAUACCUCCCAGGGUACGAUAUGCGAACAUAACACACCCACAUUAAACCACACCCUCAAGACAACUCUCGUUUCUUAAUGAGUAAUCUUCAAAAUGAGGCCAAAUCAGGAAGCGCAGUCUACCUUUAACAUAAUAUAUUAUAUCAGAGGCCACCAUCUUCACCAGGUACUGUCUGUCAAGUGUUUGCUUUCCACAAACUCUCUGAAUAUCUUGAAACAUGGUGCACUGCUUCACUUUGAGCCUCUGUCACUGUCAAUGUGUUCUGCCUUACAAUGCAAAAUGCACAAGAAGACAUCAUUAACUCUUACUAUGUUUAGUAGCUUGAAUUAGUUUCACUUGAAAAAGGCAAUCUGUAGUCUCAAUUAAAAUAUAACUUAGAUUUACUAUUCAAUUUCAGCCGUCACAAUUGACGCAGCACAAUACUUGAUUUGCAACUGUCGACUUUCCCACAAUGCCCAGCUGGUGGCAGCAUAACAAUGAUGUAUAUAAUCCCUGGAUCGCAACCAAUCCUCCGUCAUUAACACAAUGGAAAGGUGAAAUGCUUUAUUAUCUAAAUGUUGAAAGUGUGUGGGCGAUGGAGAGAAACAACAUGGUGCGUUUUGACACCAUGUGGUGGAGAGUGAUGCGGGCGCUGGAGAAGGGUCUGGUCAGGUGCGAUGUAGUUAAUGUUUGUGUGAUUUACAUUUACGUCAUUUAGCAGACGCUCUUAUCCAGAGCGACUUACAAAUUGGUGCAUUCACCCUAUAGCCAGUGGGAUAACCACUUUACAAUUAUAAUUUUUUUUGGGGGGGGGGGGUAGAAGGAUUACUUUAUCCUAUCCCAGGUAUUCCUUAAAGAGGUGGUGUUUCAAAUGUCUCCGGAAGGUGGUGAGUGACUCCGCUGUCCUGGCGUCGUGAGGGAGCUUGUUCCACCAUUGGGGUGCCAGAGCAGCGAACAGUUUUGACUGGGCUGAGCGGGAACUAUGCUUCCGCAGAGGAAGGGGAGCCAGCAGGCCAGAGGUGGAUGAACGCAAUGCCCUCGUUUGGGUGUAGGGACUGAUCAGAGCCUGAAGGUACGGAGGUGCCGUUCCCCUCACAGCUCCAUAGGCAAGCACCAUGGUCUUGUAACAGAUGCGAGCUUCAACUGGAAGCCAGUGGAGUGUGCGGAGGAGCGGGGUGACGUGAGAGAACUUGGGAAGGUUGAACACCAGACGGGCUGCGGCAUUCUGGAUGAGUUGUAGGGGUUUAAUGGCACAGGCAGGGAGCCCAGCCAACAGCGAGUUGCAGUAAUCCAGACGGGAGAUGACAAGUGCCUGGAUUAGGACCUGUGCCGCUUCCUGUGUAAGGCAGGGUCGUACUCUCCGAAUGUUGUAGAGCAUGAACCUGCAGGAUCGGGUCACCGCCUUGAUGUUAGCGGAGAACGACAGGGUGUUGUCCAGGGUCACGCCAAGGCUCUUCGCACUCUGGAAGGAGGACACAACGGAGUUGUCAACCGUGAUGGCGAGAUCAUGGAACGGGCAGUCCUUCCCCGGGAGGAAGAGCAGCUCCGUCUUGUGAUGUCUUUGUAUGUGUAUGUUCUGUAUUGUUGAAAAUGUUUUAAUAAAAUAAUAAUAAUACCUGCAUUGCUUAUGCUAUGUAUUGGCUAAUGAGAGGUUUUGAAGCCAGAAAAGCAGUCCCCCAUAGGAAUGAAUUGAAUUCUAUAGUAUUUCAUUUAAAUAAUUUCAAGGACAAAAUUGCAUGUAUUUAAGUAUUUUUGUUGUUGUAGUGAGGACAGUAACAUUAGUACUUUAACCCUUGGCCUACCAUGGUCGCACCCUGCUGGGAAAUCGAAUUAACCCUCCUGUUAUGUUGUGGGUCAAUUUGACCCGUUUCCACUUUUGCGUUGUCUAAAAUACUAGUUAACCACUCUUUUUCGCCAUGAAAUUACAUGACUUUUCCUCAUUUAGGGUCAUGAACCUAACUGCAAAAUGUGGACACACUGAUGUGUUGUGGAAUGUCUGUGUACAUUUUGUAUACAAACAUGAUGUUGUGGGUCAUUUUGACCCGGAGGCUUUCAUGUGUAUAUAUAUUUGCACAGGUGCAAAACAAAAAAGUGUCUUUGAUUUAUUUUGUUUUGACUGGUCCUGGUUGCACUUUUAGAAUUGUGUUUGGGUUAAAAAGGGCUUUCCCAAGCUUCUCCUCAGUGUGAGAGCAGCAGGUCCCUGACACAGACACUCAAAAAUGAGCUCCAAAAGAUUUUCAAUCAAUGAAGUCUUAUCACAAAUUCUGGACUGUGACAGUGAAAAAGAAGAAGAGGUUUCAGAGACAGAGGAUAUUUCAGAGAUAGAGGACAAUGCUGUUGAUGAUCCAGAUUUUGUCUUCAUUGAAGAGGAUUCAGAGGAGGAGUCUGCCGUACCAUCCCCUACAUCAGAUGAGAGACAGAGCAUGCAACAAGCAUCAUCAAGAGAAGAGAAGACAUGGAAGUCUAAAGAUGGUCAUAUUGAAUGGUCACCGUCACCACAACGAGGUCAAGGUAGACUCUCAGCUUCCAAUGUAAUAAAAAUGGUUCCAGGACCUACACGAUUUGCUGUCACUCGAGUCCAUGACAUACAAUCAGCUUUUGAGCUCUUUUUACCCCAAGCAAUAGAGAAGAUUGUUCUGGACAUGACCAACUUGGAGGGGAGCCGUGUGUUUCAAGAGAACUGGAAGCCACUGGAUCGGAUUGACUUGCAUGCAUACAUUGGAUUGCUCAUAUUAGCUGGAGUCUACCGGUCAAACGGAGAAGCAACGGCCAGCCUGUGGAAUGAAGAGAAUGGAAGGCCAAUAUUUCGGGCAACAAUGUCUCUACAAGAAUUCCACAUAAUUUCUCGGGUGAUUCGCUUUGAUAACCGUGAUACCAGACCGGGUCGACGUGAAAGAGACAAACUAGCUGCAAUCAGAGAUGUAUGGGAUAAAUGGGUGGAAAUUCUACCGUUACUGUACAAUCCCAGUCCUCAUGUUACAGUUGAUGAACGCCUUGUUCCAUUCAGAGGACGUUGUCCCUUCAGACAGUAUAUGCCAAACAAGCCUGCAAAAUAUGGCAUCAAAAUAUGGGCAGCAUGUGAUGCCACAUCAAGCUAUGCAUGGAAUAUGCAAGUUUACACUGGGAAGCCACCCGGCGGAGUGCCUGAGAAAAACCAGGGGAUGCGGGUGGUGCUGGACAUGAGUGAAGGGCUGCAAGGUCAUAACAUCACGUGUGACAACUUCUUCACAUCCUACCGCCUUGGUGUUGAACUACAGAAGAGAAAGCUGACCAUGGUUGGAACAAUCAGAAAAAACAAACCUGAACUUCCCAGUGAGCUUCUGAAAAUGCAGGGCAGAACUGUGCAUUCCUCUAAAUUUGCUUUCUCUGAAAAUGCAACUGUUGUUUCAUACUGCCCAAAGAAGAACAAGAAUGUUCUUGUAAUGAGCACAAUGCACAAAGAUGCAUCGCUGAGUGCAAGAGAGGACAUCAAGCCACAAAUAAUACUGGACUACAAUUCCACCAAAGGAGGAGUUGACAAUUUGGAUAAAGUCACAGCAACAUAUAGUUGUCAGCGCAUGACUGCCCGCUGGCCUUUGGUGAUUUUCUACAACAUUGUGGAUGUGUCUGCUUACAAUGCCUAUGUCCUGUGGACUGAAAUCAACCAGCAAUGGAAUGGUGGCAAAUUGUACCGACGCCGGCUUUUCCUAGAGGAGCUCGGCAAAGCUCUCAUCACUCCCAAGAUCCAGAGGAGAGUCCGGCCUCCUCGGUCGACAGCAGCUGCAUCUGCCGUCCAGAAAAUUCAAGCUGGACCAUCAACACAUGCCUCCAAUCAACCAGAAAUGGAUCCAGUGGAUACAGGCAGUGGCAAGAAACGGAAAAGAUGCCAGCUCUGCCCCCCUCGACAAGACAGUAAAACAAGCACCACUUGUGUAGAAUGCAAUAAAUACAUCUGCAGAAAGCACACACACACAUUGUGUUCAACAUGUAGAGAGAAAGACUGAAGGGAUAAUAUGGACCAAUAGGGGGGGAAAAAACCUACUUGGGGAACCUUUAAAAUCUUGUUUGUGAGAAAGGAAAUAUGUUUAACAAAUAGUUCUUAAAUAUUGUUUAAAAAAAAUAAAAAGUAUUGUAUUUCUUCUUUCUGAAAUGUCUGAUAAGACAAAAUAAAGUUGUUUCUGUUUUUACUUAAUUCUUUGACUGUCUUGAGUGUGUUUAAACUGUGCGGGUCAAUUUGACCCGUAACAUAGUGGAUGUAAUUUUUUUUUAGCAUAACAGGAGGGUUAACAUAAAUAACAUAAUAAAACAAAUCCCCAUUCAAAUCCGUCUGUUUAAGCAAUCCACCGCAUCCGCCGAUAUCGCCCUUCCGCAUCUGCGGUGAAAGCUAGAGCGGUGUUUGUCAGACCAUGAGACAUCCCAAAAUUCAGUCUUCUCACGAAAACGUCUGUAUCGUCGGAAUGGUUUGGCCUACAAAACUAUUAUCUAUUGAAAGCUGAGACUCAUGAACACGAUGGGGUUCUCCGUUUUGCUCUAGGACACCCACAAGCCUCACAAGACUUGUCUGAAGUCGGUACAGCCUCUUCUGUCAACUUCUGUCUGUAGCGUCCCAACUGUUUGGGCUACACACUAAUAUGACCCCUCUGUGGAAAGCUGAGACUCACGAACAAGAUGGGACGCCCACAAAACUCAUCAGAAUGUCCCCAGUGCCAGUUAAAAAAAUUAAUGGAACUAUAUAUAGAGAUAGUUUAGUGCCUAAAAUAAGGGGUAAAUACAUGUUAAAAACAUGUUUCCGGAUCUUUCAUAUAUCUCUCAGAUAGUCCCAAAAAAAUCUGUCUGUCCUAUCUGUUGUUCCAUGUAGUGAAUCUGUUAUUUAAUUUUAAUAUGCCAUUUAGCAGACACUUUUAUCCAAAGCGACUUACAGUCGUGUGUGCAUACAUUUUUACAUAUGGGUGGUCCCGGGGAUCGAACCCACUACCCUGGCGUUACAAGCGCCAUGCUCUACCAAUUGAGCUACAGAGGACCACAUCCAAUGUGUUUCUAUUGGCUAAUAGCAGUAAUGCCAAAUUCAAUGUUUCAUACCAAAAAUAUUUUAUAUAUAUUUUUGAUACCUUAAGGGGUCUUACAAUUCUAAAUAAAAUAGCUAAACUAUCCUUGGUAUGACCAUUUUAAAACAAUUCCAUAUGUUAGCUUAGAACUCCCUUCAAAACAGCACCCCCUGUCAGUCAUCGAGUGUAUAUAUAAAUCAUUGCAGCAUAACAUCAUGAACGCCUUAGAACUCCCAGUUACUAGCCUGCUAUUAGCCAUUUUAUCAUCCAUUUACCUCCUGUCUCUCUUCUCCCUCUGUGUAAUAGAUUAAUUCAACAACAUACUCCCUUUUGUCUAAAGUUUAACCUUCUUUCCCACCUCCCUCCCUCCAGGUUGAUCGAAUCCAGCCUGGGCAGCGUGGCCACCAAGUUCAACUUCUUCAUCCACAACCUGGCCCAGCUGCGCUUCUCUGGCCUGCCGUCCAACGACGAGCUCAUCCUCUCCUUCUCCCCCAAGACCUAUACACUGAAGCAGGAGGGGCGCAUCCGCGAUGCCUCCAUCUUCUCCUUCCAGAAGAGAUACAACCCCGACAAGCACUAUGUGAGUCUCCAACCAGAGACGUACAUAUAUGAAUGUGUCUAUUGAUGUGUUUACAUACACCAUGGUCUCACUGUUCCUUCAUAGACAGGGCCAAGCUGCCCUAUAGGGAUGCCAGAAGAACACAUAUCUGGCAUAUAAAGAGUUUUGUGUAAAUGAAAAUAUAUAGAGUAGUCACAACAUCAAUGGAAUUCUGAAUAAGAAACUCAAAUUCCACCCCCUCUUCCUUCUCUUCUUCCUCCUCCUCCCCUCCUCCUCCUUCCCCUCCUCUCCCUCCUCUCCCUCCUCCUCCUGUAGACGUACGUGGUGAGGCUCCUGCGAGAGGGACAGAGCGAGGCCCAGUUUCUCUUCCGCACCUUCGAUGAGUUCCAAGAGCUCCACAACAAGCUGUGCAUCCUCUUCCCUCUGUGGAAGCUGCCAGGGUACGCACACAGACACACACACAGACACGCACACAGACACACACACAGACAUUUGUGGAGAACCUAGAACCUGAGGCUGUCUGGAAGUGGCAUAGCAUUAUUCUGUUCCCAAAAAUAUGUGGUAAAGGUUGAAAGUCUGCCUUAUUGGACCUUAGAAAGCCAAAAGUAACUUACAUUUGUGCAAAGAUAGUAAUAAUAUUCAAAACGAUAUAAAAACAAUUGUGCUUUAACUCAGUGCCUUGCGUUGUAUGUGGGUAAUGUAUGCUUCCCUUCCAAGUGUAGCUCCCACUUCUACCACAGAUGCACCCUUCUUGUUAGUGCACUAACCUUUCCCCGUCCCCUCCCUAGGUUCCCUAAUAGAAUGGUGCUGGGCCGUACCCACAUCAAGGACGUGGCCAGGAACUCCAACAGCACAAACACGACUACACCACGACGACAACACCCACACCAUCCACCCACACCCCACAACACACCACCCACACACACCACACCAACACCACAACACACACCCACAACAUCACCAACACACACACCCACUAACACACCACACACACACACACACACCACACCACACCACACCACACACAACUGAACCACACCACACACACAACACCACGAAACCAUCCACCACCACAAACACCACGAACAUGCACACCACACACACAUCCACAGAACCACCACACAACAACAAACACCGAACACCACACCACACACACACAACACACAAACCAGCCACACCACACACACACACCACCAACCACCACCCACAACACACAACACACCACCAAACAUCCACCCACACACACACACACCUAACCAGCCACCCACACACAACACCCACCCACAAACCAGCACACCACCACACACACACACACCACCAACCAAGCCACACCACACACACACCCACCGAACCAGCCACCACACACACACACACACCCACCAACCAGCCACCACCACACACACACCUAACCACCACCACCACCCACAACACACCACACACAAACCCAAACCACACCAACACAACACACACACACCCACCAAACCACACACACACAACACACAACACACACAACACACACACCACCACCACCCCACACACACACACCACCACACACAAAAACACACACCAACCAGAACCAGCCACCCACACACAAACACCCACCUAACACCACCACACCACACACACCACCACACACCCACACACACACCACCCACACACACACACAACACACACCAAACCACACAGCAACACCCACACCACCACAACAACCAACAACCAACCAACCACCCACACACACACACACCACCAAACCACCCACCCACACACCACACCACACCACCACCAACCACACACCACACCACACACAACACCACCAACACCACACACAGCCACACCACACCACACACCACACCAUCCCACACACCACACCACCCCACCACAACCACCAACCACCACCACCCACCAACACCACCUAACCACCACCCACACACACAACCACCAGCCACCCCACACACACACACCUCCAACACCACACCCACCAUCACCACACACAACAUCCACCCAUCCAACCACACAUCCACACCACACACACACACACCCACCUAACCAUCCACCACAUCCACACAUCCCACACACACCACCCCACCUCAAACAUCACCCCCCAUCCCACCCACACACACACACCACCUAACCAUCCAUCCACCCACACACACACACACCUACCUCCACCACCACACCACACCCAACACCAUCCACCCACACACACACACCCACCUACACAAGAGUUAUAAAAGCGCAAUGCACUCCAUUUUCACUGACCAUUUUCUCUCUCUCUAUCAGUGUGAUCUUAUCUAUACAUUCUUCCAUCCGAUCGCAAGAGACGACAAGACGGAAGGAUUGGAGGCGACGGCCAGAGCACCAGGUAAACCUGAGUCCUACUCUGCCCACUUUCUCUACGUAUGACCAUUGUCGCAGCUACAGUUUUUAAAAUGUGAUUUGUUCUGCAGAGGCGCCACCGUUGAGUCCCACCUCAGGCAGAGUUGAGGGGGAGGUGAAGCUAUCCGUGUCCUACAGGAACAGCACACUCUUUAUCAUGGUCAUGCACAUCCGAGACCUGGUGAGUACGGUGGCUCACAGGGCCCAAUCCUAACUAGCGCACAACUCAAAACAUUUGGCAUUUUUAUAAUGAAUUUAUACUUUUAUCCUCAGCCUUACAGAGGGGGCUGAGGCAGCGUGGUGGUUAAUUUACCAUUAAACAUAUCUCAAGGGACAUUUAUUUGCCCCUGAUGGGAUGAAUAAAGUUGCAUUGGAUUGAAUUACGGACGUGAAUCCUCAGUUUGGCCUUACCCAAUGCACCAUUAACUAGGUCCAUGUCCAUCCGCCUGCUCAUAGGUAUCUGAGGAGGGGACAGACCCUAACCCCUAUGUGAAAACCUACCUGCUCCCAGACCCCCACAAAACCUCCAAGCGCAAAACAAAGAUAUCCAGGAAGACCAGGAACCCCACUUUCAACGAAAUGGUGAGUGAAAUCGGUGUAGGCUAUUGGUCAUUUCCAUUAGGGCCCUGUAGCAAAUUGUCAUAGUUAACGGCUUUGUGUCCUGACCUGCUGUGUCACUUUGUAACUGUUAUCCUGAUCUGUUUGUGUGACUGAUCUAACUCAUACAAACUGCUGCCUACUCGGGCUAACUGCUGCCUACUCGGGCUAACUGCUGCCUACUCGGGCUAACUGAUGCUAGCAUGUGCUAACUACUCUGACUACCUCCUCCUCAGCUGGUGUACAGUGGCUACAGCAAGGAGACCCUGGGGCUGCGGGAGCUGCAACUGAGCGUGCUCAGUGCCGAGUCGCUGAGAGAGAACUGCUACCUGGGUGGCGUCACGCUCACACUCAAAGACUUCGACCUCAGCAAGGAGACUGUCAAGUGGUACAAGCUGACCGCCGUGCCCUACUUCUAGACGACUCCACCUGAGAACAACGCUGCUUCUCGCCUCUCUUAGAAAACUCCCGAGAUACACCCAUAUAAGGGCAACGGAACUGGGAACUGGCCACACCCCCCAGGGUGGUGCCUCAAAUCCACCCCCUUCCUCCUCAACCUCAAGGCCCUGUCCAGAAACCAUCCCUAGCCCCUUAGGCCCUGUCCAGUAACCACCCCUUACCCCCUUAGGCCCUGUCCAGUAACCACCCCUAGCCCCUUAGGCCCUGUCCAGAAACCACCCCUAGCCCCUUACCCCCUUAGGUCCUGUCCAAUAACCACCCCUAGCCCCUUACCCCCUUAGGUCCUGUCCAAUAACCACCCCUAGCCCCUUACCCCCUUAGGUCCUGUCCAGUAACCACCCCUAGCCCCUUACCCCCUUAGGUCCUGUCCAGUAACCACCCCUAGCCCCUUACCCCCUUAGGCCCUGUCCAGUAACCACCCCUAGCCCCUUACCCCUUUUGGCACUUCAUGUAGAUCCUAAAGAAUUAUAAGCAAUAUGGUUGUAGCACCGACCUUUCAGCUCUACACAAGUGCCUAAGAGAUAGAUAGGGGCUAGGGGUUGAUUCUGGUUGGGGCCUUUCUCGCUCUCUGUCUCUCCCUCUCACUAAUCAAGUUUGUUUCCUCAUUGUAGCAAACAAUCUCCACUUAUUUUGUUUGUUCAAAAACUAUAACACAGGAGCUGUAAUGUUUUGUACAUUUUGACAUUCGAGGACCAAAACAUCUUAGCUUCAGAAGAGUGUGUAUAUAGGUUGACACUUCUUUUUUUUGUUUUCUUUUUUUUUGUUGAAGUGGCUCAUUUUUACAUAAUUUUUUUCCUACGUAAACAAAUAGGAAGCGUCUGGUUUCCUGCUAAGCUAGCUGAGAACGUCUGGGAACGUACCCAUCACAAACCAGUCUCCAGGAAAGAGAGUGAUCUUGUGUUAUCCAAUCACGUGCCAAAAGAACUGAUGAUGAUGGCAAACCACUCUCUCAAAGGGGAAGCGAACAUGGUGCCUUGUUUGUGUUCACAAUCUCUUAUACACUCCACUUUAGCCUUAUCGCAAUAUAUUUUAUAAAAAAAUUGUGAUAACCCAAUUGAAAAAAAGAAAUCUAUUCUGUCAAAUAAUGUCAACAGUUCUUCCAGUGUGAGCAGGGUUCUGGACUAGCAUCAGAAGGUGUUGGAACGAUCAGCUCCCACUUGUAUGCAUACUACCAUGUAUUUUAUAUGGUAAAUACUUGACUCCUUUUCACUGCACCUUUUUGGGGAUUUGUAUCACGAACAUUCUCUUGUCUGUGCAUUUGAUGGUGUAGGAUAAGGUUGCCUCAACACUGAUCCAAUGCCAGUUUUUCUUUCACCUCCUAUUGGUUUUAAGGGUAGGAUUUGGGGUGGGGUAA